GUCGGCUGUAGGUGUGCGGACCGAAUGAUCGCCAUCGUGGCCGACACAUUUCAACGAAGCCGGUACGUGAAGAGGUGUCCAUUCCUUGCGAAACACGCGCGCGUGGCGUAGCCUUCGAAUAGGAUCUCGACGAGUGCACCGGGUUCCCGAACAAUAUCGAUACGACUCUGCCGGUUUCUCAGCUCUUCUCCCAAGUACAGCCGAUGCUAGAGGCAGUGCUGUACAGCCUGUCUUUCUACUAGGUUCGAUGGGAACGUGGUGCCGUUUCGCCCACGGCCGCGCAGAAAGCCCGUUCAUGGCGAUCCAGUGACAGCGUUGUGUGUGCAGACCGCCGCCUUGCACGGCGACGGGUGACCGAUAUCCCCCUUCUACCCGACCGGCUGUGUGCGCCUAAGCCCUGAUUUCCGUCGUUUGUGAACUGCGUGAAACGUGCUGAAGGUCGGCAAGGACGCACGCCCACCGCGACGUGGAUCGGAUCGUUUGGCAAGAGCGCAUUGCAGCAAACGUCGCCUAUAUAAGAGGUCCGUCAGAUGGAGUACCAUCCAUAAUGCAGUUCAAGACUUUCACCCUCUCCAUCCUCGCCGCCUUCAUUCCCACCGCGCUUGGCGCGACAACCUCUUCCUCCGUCUCGGUCUCCUACGACCAGACUUACGACAACGGCUCGAACUCUUUGGCUACCACCGCCUGCUCCGACGGCUCACAUGGGCUGCUCACCAAGGGUUUCACGACCUUCGACAGCCUCCCGUCGUUUCCCUACAUUGGCGGUGCGGGCGUGAUCCCGGGCUGGAACAGCGACCAGUGCGGGACGUGCUGGGAGCUGAGCUACAACGGGAAGAGCAUUCACGUGCUCGCAAUUGACCAUGCGGAUGCUGGGACGUGGAACAUCGCGCUUGCGGCGCUCAAUGACCUUACGAAUGGACAGGCCACUGAAGUGGGGCGCGUCGAUGCUGUUGCGGCCCUUGUUGACAGCUCUGUCUGUGGGCUGUAGAGGCCAUGACUACACCACCGUGGGGAAUUGUUGUACACGGUGAAUGCACGAAUUCUGAUGGACUUGACGCAUAUUCGGACAUUGCAUUGGUGCAACUCUAGUCAAAUGUCUUCUGAUUGAUAUACCGUGAUGCACAUGUAUGACUGCGAGGCAUCUGUUUGUGGCUUACACAAG